AUGAGGCCGCUUAUUACAGCGGCUCUCGGGGUCCUACUGGUUCUGCAAAAUUCUGUAGCAGCUGAUCCCGCGGCCGAGCCCCUGUCGCGGCGCUUGGCGGGGGCGCUGUCCGCCGCUUGGGGUGCCCAGCAGGCUGCGCGCACCGCUGUUGCAGCGCAGCAGUGGGACACGACCGCCGCAGCAUCAGCGUUGGAGGGCAUCGACGGCCUAUGGCAGCGCACUGCGGCGGGCGAGUACUUCCGCCUGCUGCAGAACAUCACAGACACGCUGGCGGCCGGCGGCCCACACUUCGCCGCAAGCCCCGGCGCCGUCGGCAACGGUCUGCUUACCCUGUACCUAGUGACGGGCGAGCGCAAGUACUUCCAGCAAGCGACUUCCGAAUGGCAGCAGCUGCAAGCGCUCACCCGACCCCUCGGCGGCGGCGGCGGCGGCAGCCCGGCGGGCACGAGCGUCCCGCCGCCCCUCGAGAGCCUGCCUUUCUUUGCGCGGUACGCAGCUUUGGUCCGAGACGCGCCCGCCUUGGACGCCGCCGCCAAAUGGACGGCUAAUUAUGCUCGCGGCUCGGCCGGGGCCCCUUUCAGCGGCUUCGACGCGCCGCGCAUGGCCGCGUUUGGCUCAGCGCUUGUGGGCGUGCUUGACGCCUUGCCGAGUGACCACCCUGCAAGGGCGGAUUUGGUGGGCCUGAUGGGUGCUUACACGGACGCAGUCGUGCGGCCGGGCAGCGCCGUGGCUGGGCUGUGGCGGGACGAGCCGCAAGCACUCGGAGCCCCCAGCGGCCCAGCGCGCGCCGCCUCGUGCCUCGUGGCAAAUGCCCUCGCGAAGGCCGCGCGCCGCCGCUGGUUGCCGCCGCCCGCGGCGCGCGCCGCCGCGGCGGUGGCGCGCGGCGCGUUCGCGGGCGCCGCGGCCGCGUUCUCUGUCGGCGGCGCCGCCGCCUCAGACGGCGUGUCUGCGGGUCCUGCGGCGCUGGGCGCGUGCCUGAUGGCGGCCAAUGAAAUGGAGGCCGCCGCGCUGCCCAAGCCUGGCCGCGGCAGGGUCGUACUGCUCGACUCGUACUUCAACAAUGAGUCGCGGAUUGACCAGAGCGGCCACGCGCAAUCGUGGCACUACAAAUGGGGCGAGCGCGGCGACGGCGGGUUCUCGUUCCUCGCCGGCGUGUUUGAGCGCGCCGGGUUCGAGCUGCGGACGUUGUAUGGGCCGCCCACGGCGGCGGCUCUGGAGGGCGCGGCCGUGUACAUAAUAGUCGACCCCGAUACGGGCAAUGAGUCCUCAAAGCCAAACUAUGUCGGCCGCGCGGACGUCGACGCGAUCCGCGGCUGGGUUGGCGCCGGCGGCGCACUCGUCCUGAUGGGCAACAACGUCGGCAACUGCGAGCUCACCCGAUUUAACGAUCUGGCUUCCGCUUUCGGCCUGAGGUUCGCCGGGGACACGAGGGGCCGCGUCCCGGGGACGGAAUUCGCGGCGGGCAAGGUCGUCAUCCCGGCUGGCAACGAGAUCUUCGCCCCGGGCGACCUGUUCAUUAAAGAAUACAGCAGCCUGCAGCUCGCCGGUGGCACGGCGCGCGCCGUGCUGAGGGACGACGGCGGGGCGGUGGUGGUGGCGGUCAGCAGCUACGGGCAGGGCAGGGUGUUUGCAGUCGGGGACCCCUGGCUGUACAACGAGUACGUGGAUGGCCGGAGGCUGCCGCCAAGCUACGGCAACUUCCAGGCAGCUGCCGACCUUGUCGAUUGGCUGGCGUCCGCGUCGCCAAAACCCUAG